CACGUGACUUGACUCUUCUACUUCCUUAAAGUGUAAACAUUGGAGACCGCAGGGCAGUGAAGUUAACGUUAAGCCGUGUUAAAUUAUCGGUAUUCCAACAAUACACCGCGUUGUGAAGUUUGCACGUAGCUGCAAAGCGUCUGGAAAAGCUGGAUCGAAGAAGAAGCUCGAAGGGAGUGUGUGCUGUGUGGGAAUGGGUUACAUUCCUUGCUGGUCCAAAUGCAGAAUAAAGGGAGCGACGAGGUGGAAACAUUGAAGACAAAGUUCUUGUCUGUGUGGCACAAUGUGAAGUACAGUUGGGCUCUCAAAUCAAAGACUUCAUUCAGUAGAAAUUCCCCAGUGUUUCUCCUCGGAAAAUGUUACCACUUUAAAGCUGAAGAUGACGGCGGUGUUACAGAAACCUGCUUCGAAGCCUCUGAUGAGGAUUUUGUCAUGGGGAACGCGGAGGCUUUCCGCAGGGAUUUUGCAUCCAGAGUGUGGCUCACCUACAGGGUGGAGUUGCCUUCUCUGCCCAGCUCCACCUUGACCUCCGACUGUGGCUGGGGCUGCAUGCUGAGAGCCGGGCAGAUGAUGCUGGCUCAGGCACUUAUUCUGCACUUCCUGGGCAGAGACUGGACCUGGUCGGAGGCGAUGACGCUCCAGCCUUUAGACACAGAGACGUGGACCACCACUGCAGCCAAGCGUCUUGUCGCCUCUCUGGAGGCCUCUCUGCAAGGUUCCCCCAGGCCCUCCGAUGAUGGCUCACCACCCAUGCACCAAGCCCAGGCCCCGGGAUGUGCAGAAGAGGCAGAUGCACAUUUGAAAGAGAUGUACCACCGCACUCUGGUGUCCUGGUUUGGGGACAGCCCCUCUGCUCAGUUAGGCCUCCACAGUCUGGUCCGCAUGGGUCUGACAAUGGGGAAACAGGCAGGGGACUGGUAUGGGCCUGCUGUAGUGGCUCACAUCCUCAAGAAAGCCAUCGAGGAGGCGAUGGACCCUGGUUUGGCGGGUAUAACUGCUUAUGUCUCCCAGGACUGCACAGUGUACAGUGCCGAUCUCAUCGAUAGCCACAGGGCACCAAGAGCAGGGCAGACCUCUGCUGAGAGAUCAGAUGCCCCUCCUUCCCCACACAGUGACCAACCAACAUCUGCCUCCACCCUGUCUGACAGCCGAGCCGUCAUCAUCCUCAUCCCUGUGCGGCUGGGAGGGGAGAAGACAAACCCUGACUAUUUCAACUUUGCCAAGAGCAUACUGAGUCUGGAGUACUGCAUAGGCAUCAUCGGGGGGAAGCCCAAACAGGCCUGCUACUUUGUAGGAUUUCAAGAUGACAGCUUGAUUUACAUGGACCCUCAUUACUGUCAGUCUUUUGUGGAUGUCAGCACCAGCGAUUUCCCUCUCCAGUCCUAUCAUUGCCCGUCACCAAAGAAGAUGCCUUUCAGCAAGAUGGACCCAAGCUGCACCAUAGGUUUCUACUCUAGAAGUGCUCAAGACUAUGAGAGAAUCAGUCAAGAGCUGUCUAAGGUGCUGCAGCCGUCAGCGAGGGAGAAAUACCCUGCGUUCACUAUCGUGCAAGGUCAUGGCAGAGAUUACGACCUGUCUGCAGGCGUGACCCCGGAGAAGAGAGAAUGGCCCUUCAUCCGUGACCCGCGGAGGACGGUCACCACUGCCGGGGACUUUGUGCUGCUUUGACAGCGCUGUUUAAAAGACUACUGACAGGAAAGUUCUUCUGAAUCAAACUGCUUGAUAGCCAAAGCCUAAGUGUCUUAAGUCUGUUUGACACUGAAGGUUAUGGAACUCUAUACAACUACAGUAACUCAGUUUAUAAAUCCUGGAAACUUUGUUGCUAAGCAAUAUUUCCCAAAACUGUUAUUAACUGGUUGGUCUUUUGUUUGUUAGCUGGAAAUUGUAGCUUGCUGAACAUUUUGUCAGGAAGCUUUUGGUGCUCUCCCUAAUUUAAUGAACCUAAAAUGUUUGGUAACACUUUACUUGAAGGUAUCUACAUACGAGUGAUAUGACACUGAACCCUAACCAUAACUCUAAC